AUGACCGCCGUGUCAGUCACGGCCAACCCGGAAUCUGAACCAGAUGCAAAAUAUGAACCAUAUUAUUAUCAUCGUCAUAAAUAUUAUAAACGUGAUCCCGAGGCCGUGGCUCAACCCGAUGCUAAAGCAGAAGCUGACCCUUAUUAUGGCUAUCAUAAACAUAAAUAUUAUAAACGUGAAGCAGAAGCCGAAGCCGACCCUUCCUACUAUGAUUAUGGCUAUUAUCAUAAACAUAAAUAUUAUAAAC